CAGUUCCUCCCAUUUUCCAAUAGUUUCCAUGGAGUGCUCGUUCAGGGAAAACACUUUUCCUUCCCAACUGCCCAAACGACUUGGACAGGACUUAAACAUACAGAAGGGAAGAUAAAGAAAAAGACAACCAUGGGGAAGAGAGUAGCCAUCAUUGGAGCUGGCGUCAGUGGCUUGGCCUCCAUCAGAAGCUGUCUGGAAGAGGGGCUGGAGCCCAUCUGCUUUGAGAAGAGUGAAGACAUUGGGGGCCUGUGGAAAUUCUCGGACCAUGCAGAGGAAGGCAGAGCUAGCAUUUACCAGUCUGUCUUUACCAACUCUUCCAAAGAAAUGAUGUGUUUCCCAGACUUCCCAUAUCCUGAUGACUUCCCCAACUUUAUGCACAACAGCAAGGUCCAGGAAUAUAUCACUGCAUUUUGCAAAGAAAAGAACCUCCUGAAAUACAUACAAUUUAAGACACUUGUAUCUGGUAUAAAUAAACGUCCUGAUUUCUCAAUCACCGGCCAAUGGGAUGUUACCACUGAAAGGAAUGGUAAAAAAGAAUCAGCUAUCUUUGAUGCUGUAUUGAUUUGUUCUGGACACCAUGUGUACCCCAACCUACCAAAAGAGUCCUUUCCAGGACUAAAACUUUUUAAAGGCAAAUGCUUGCACAGCCAAGAAUAUAAGGAACCAGGAAUAUUCAAGGGGAAGCGAGUCCUGGUGUUGGGCCUGGGGAAUUCAGGCUGUGAUAUUGCCACAGAACUCAGCCACACAGCUGAACAGGUCAUGAUUAGUUCCAGAAGUGGCUCCUGGGUGAUGAGCCGGGUCUGGGAUGAUGGCUAUCCAUGGGACAUGGUGUUUAUCACUCGAUUUGAAACCUUCCUCAAGAACAACUUGCCGACAGCCAUCUCUGACUGGUGGUACAUAAAGCAAAUGAAUGCAAGAUUCAAGCAUGAGAACUAUGGCUUGAUGCCUUUAAACAGAGCCCUGAGGAAAGAACCUGUGUUUAAUGAUGAGCUCCCAGCUUGCAUUCUGUGCGGCACAGUGUCCAUUAAGCCUAAUGUGAGAGAAUUCACUGAGACUUCAGCCAUUUUUGAGGAUGGGACGGUGUUUGAGGCCAUCGAUUGUGUCAUUUUUGCAACAGGCUAUAGUUAUGACUACCCCUUCCUUGAUGAGUCCAUCAUUAAGAGCAAAAACAAUGAGGUCAUCUUGUUUAAAGGCAUUUUCCCUCCUAAACUGGAGAAGCCAACCAUGGCAGUGAUUGGUUUUGUCCAGUCCCUUGGGGCUACCAUUCCCACAGUUGACCUGCAAGCCCGCUGGGCAGUACGGGUAAUAAAAGGAACUUGCACUUUGCCUUCUGUAACAGACAUGAUGGAUGAUAUUGAUAAAAAAAGGGGGAAAAAACUCAAAUGGUUUGGCACCAGCAAGACCGUACAGACGGAUUAUAUUACUUAUAUGGAUGAACUUGCCUCCUUCAUUGGGGCAAAGCCCAACAUCCCAUGGCUGUUUCUCACAGAUCCCAAAUUGGCCGGGGAGGUUUUUUUUGGCCCUUGUAGCCCAUACCAGUUUAGGCUGGUAGGCCCAGGGAAGUGGCCAGGAGCCAGAAAUGCCAUCCUGACCCAGUGGGACCGGACCCUGAAACCCACGAAGACAAGAGCUGUCGGGAACCCUCAGAAGCCUUGCUUGCUUUGCCGUUGGGUCAGGCUCUUUGUUCUCCCUGUUCUGUUCAUUGCUGUUUUCUUUGCAUUGAUCUAAUUAUCAUUCCCCCCAGGCUUCUGAAAGUUACUGACAAUACCCAGGAAGGAACUUUUCUAGUUAAAAAUUAAGAAUUUCACACCUCCUACUUUCUUAUUCAGCAGGCAUUUCAAUAAAACUGUACUAUUUCCAGGCUUUUAAAUAAGCCUCUUUAAGAGUCAUGUGAUAAUCUAAAGGGAGCACUAAUCAUUUCUCUUUAGGUUUCCACUAACAUUUCAUCAUCAGAAUUAUGCUCUUCAACUCUAACCUCAACCGUCUCCUAAAACAUUUUGAUGUGAUUCCUUUUCUCCUUCAAUCAAGGUUUGAAUUACAUACUUCAAUCUAAACAGAGAGCAAAUUCAGCGGAAUAGUUAUCAUAUUCUCCAGCCACCCCUGCAAACCAUUUGCAGGAGGAUCAAGUAGAGAAUUUGGCUAUUAAUUCUAUUUUUGUUUAUACCAAAUUCCCCAGGCAAUGCAUCCUGAUCCCUGGCCAAAAAGACCUGGAGCCAUGGAGACCUUGUCUAUAAUGAAUGCUAACAAGAAGUAAAUUAGCAUAUCUAUAUUCUUAAGAAGGACACAAACUUUCCAACAUGUAGCAGCAAAAUAAUAUCAACAACAAUGAGUAGAACACUAAAUAUACCUUUUAGCUGAAUGAAAUGUCUUAAAAAAAAAUAAACAUUUAACCAAAGCCAUGACCACAAUCGAAUGC